GUGUUUGGAGCCUUGUUAACGUAGCGAUAAUUUGGGGCUUGCAAUAGUGGAUCGUGAAUAAUCAACAGCAACAAGAUGCCUUUACGAUUAGACAUCAAACGGAAGCUGACGGCUAGAUCGGACAGAGUGAAGAGUGUGGAUCUUCACCCGACUGAGCCAUGGAUGCUCUGCUCACUGUAUCAAGGCCAUGUCAAUAUCUGGAACUACGAGACACAGACCCUGGUGAAGACACUCGAGGUGUGCGAUCUGCCAGUACGGACAGCGAAGUUCGUGCCACGCAAGAACUGGGUCAUCACUGGCUCUGAUGACAUGCAGAUCAGAAUAUUUAAUUAUAACACCUUGGAACGUGUUCACUCGUUUGAAGCACACAGCGAUUAUGUUAGAUGUAUAGCUGUACAUCCAACACAGCCGUACAUACUUACAAGUAGUGAUGAUAUGUGGAUAAAAUUAUGGAACUGGGAGAAAGUCUGGAUCUGCCAUCAAGUAUUUGAGGGUCACACGCACUACGUCAUGCAGAUUGUAUUUAAUCCAAAGGACAACAAUACUUUUGCCAGUGCUUCCCUUGACAGAACCGUCAAAGUGUGGCAGCUCGGUUCGUCUACGGCUAAUUUUACUUUAGAAGGUCACGAGAAAGGUGUUAACUGCGUAGAUUAUUACCAUGGUGGUGACAAGCCGUAUCUAAUAUCAGGAGCUGAUGACAGAUACGUCAAGAUAUGGGAUUAUCAAAAUAAGACUUGUGUACAGACUUUAGGGGGCCACACACAAAAUAUUUCCGCUGUAUGUUUCCAUCCAGAAUUGCCGAUCUUUCUCACGGCCUCGGAGGAUGGUACCGUUAGAAUAUGGCAUGCAGGAAUGUAUAGAUUGGAGUCUUCUCUUAACUAUGGCUUCGAGAGAGCAUGGACCAUAGCAUGCAUGCGAGGUUCGAACAACGUUGCCAUCGGAUACGACGAUGGUAGUGUUAUGGUUAAAGUCGGACGAGAAGAACCGGCUGUUUCGAUGGAUUCAUUGGGUGGCAAGAUCGUGUGGGCUCGUCACAGCGAGAUCCAGCAAGUAAACUUAAAAGCGUUGGGUGAAGAAGCACAAGAUGGAGAGCGGCUACCGUUAGCUGUCAAAGACAUGGGUGCCUGUGAAAUAUAUCCACAGACCAUACAGCACAAUCCAAACGGGCGAUUCCUAGUGGUCUGCGGUGAUGGAGAAUACAUUAUAUACACAUCAAUGGCGUUGAGAAACAAAGCGUUUGGACAGGCAUCAGAAUUCGUGUGGGCAGCAGAUUCAAGCCAAUAUGCAGUGAGGGAAGGUAACACGUCAGUAAAGGUCUUCAAAAACUUCAAGGAGAAGAAAAGCUUUAAGCCAGAUUUCGGAGCAGAUGGCAUCUUUGGUGGAUUUUUACUUGGUGUCUCGUCCGGAUCUGGCCUCUCCUUCUUUGAUUGGGAUACAUUAAAGUUGGUCCGUCGCAUAGACAUACAACCUACGCACGUGUAUUGGGCCGAAAAUGCCUCGCUAGUGGCGUUAGCUACGUCAGACCAAUAUUUUAUACUAAAGUAUCACUCGGACGCUGUCGUUAAUGCCACGGAAAACUCUGAGGAUAUUGAAAAUGCGUUCGAGAUGGUAGCAGAAAUGAGCGAAGUGGUGAAAACUGGCUUAUGGGUCGGAGAUUGUUUCAUCUACACUAACAGCGUCAAUCGUAUUAAUUACUUCGUCGGCGGCGAAGUGGUCACUGUCUCCCAUCUGGACAGACCAAUGUACCUGCUGGGAUACGUACCAAGAGACAACAGAUUAUACCUUUGCGAUAAAGAAUUAUCUGUCGUCUCGUAUUCUUUGCUAUUAUCAGUACUGGAAUAUCAGACCGCAGUCAUGCGAAAAGAUUUUGAAACUGCCAAUAGAGUAUUGCCGACUGUCCCGAAGGAACAUCGGACGCGAGUAGCUCACUUUUUAGAAAAGCAGGGUUUCAAAGAACAAGCUUUGGCGGUGUCGACAGAUCCCGAGCACAGAUUCGAGCUAGCACUUGCGUUAGGAAACCUCGCAACGGCACAUACUCUUGCCAAAGAAGCGAACAGCCAGCAGAAAUGGCGACAAUUGGCGUCCCUCGCCACGCAGAAAGGGAAACUUUGUUUGGCGCAAGAAUGCCUGCAUCAAGCGCAAGAUUUCGGUGGUCUUUUGUUACUAGCUACCAGCACAGGAAACUCAGAUAUGAUAGAAAAGCUCGGUACGGUGGCGGAUGAUACAGGAAAGAACAAUAUCUCCUUUUUAUCGAACUUUAUAUUGGGCGAUGUGGACAAAUGUCUUGACAUUUUAAUCAAGACGGACAGAAUUCCCGAGGCCGCUUUCUUUGCUAGGACAUACGCGCCCAGUAAAAUCUCCGCCAUUAUCAAAUUGUGGAAAGAGAAGCUUUCAGCAGUAAGCGAGAAAGCCGGACAAAGUUUGGCGGAUCCUGAGCAGUACGAAAAUCUUUUCCCUGGAUAUAGAGAAGCCCUGAAGGUGGAAAAAUUCUUACGAGAAGAAAGUAAAAAAAAGAUUCCAGCUUCUGCAUUUCCUGCUGUUACGUCCAAUAUCGAGCGAAAACCAUUGGAGGAGAUGUUGGCCGCCGAGCAGUCGGGCGCAUUUCAAUACAAGGACGCCGUGAGCAGUACCUCCGAGAUCGAGGAGAAGCCGACUGAAGCAAUGAUCGACAGAUUGCAGGAUCUUUCAAUAUCAGGGAUAAAGGACAACUUCUCCCUAAAUAAAGCAACCACAUCUACCGUGAAGCGAGAAGUAUCUGAGAAAGUAACGACGAAGCCUACGAGUAGUUCCAGGCCUCUCACAAUGGACGACGACGAUUUAGACAUCGAUUUGGAAAUCGACGAUAAUAUCGAUACUACAGGUGUCAAUCUCGAUGAUGAUCUUCCCGAUCUCGAAGAAGAUUAACAGUUGGAACAGAUAAGUGACGCACAUCCAUCGUUCUUUCUGCUUUAGUCAUUCCCCGCAAGAAAAGAAGAGAACCGACGUAAACUAUCAGAGAAUAAUGAUAAAUCGUUUAGCAUCGAGUAUUAAAAUUAUAAAAUUUAUCCCCGUGCGCAGAUAUGUUUGUAUCGCUGCAUGAAUUAACGAAGAUAAUGCAGCGCGUAUUUGCCGGUUCCUAUCGGCCAUUAAAAGUUAAAUAUAUUGUUAAUAUAA